AUGUGCCACUGCUGCCGCGCGCCUUCUGCCACCGACGGCCCAGGGCAGCCCCCGGUGACCGCAGCUCGGCUCGCCCCGGCCUCGCUCCACUUCUUCCGCCACGACGGGCAACUCCUUGACGUAUGGCGCUUCGGGUCCGAGGUGGUGUGCAUAAGCCCAAGCGGGGGCGGCGAGACGCUGGCGGUGGCCACCGCAGGCGGACACGUGUGGGUGCUGCCCGUGCCGCGCCGCCGCUACUUCGUCCUCCCAACGCACAGCGCCAGAGUAAACCCGACGACGCCCGCGGGCCGCGAUGCGGGCGGCGGGAAGUCAACAGGCCGUAAAGGGAAGAAGGGCAAAGCGGAGGCAGAAGAGGAGGAAAGGGGAGAGGCCCCACCACGGAAGAAGGCGAGGACGGGCGCCGGUUCGGAGGAGGGGGCACCACAGAGAAAGAAGGGCCGGCCGGCUGCGCUGAGGGACCGCAGUCCCGAGGCCUUCUUCGCGAGCCGCACGUCGCCACACCUCCCCCUGUGCCUGGACCGCGCCACGCACGCUCCCUUUCUGCUCGUUACGUUGCCCAGAACAGACUAUGUGACGGACACUCCCUACGGAGUGUUGGUCAGCAGUCCCGUCGUCGGGGUGGCAUUGUACAGCGCUGGCACGACGAGAAGGGAGCACGGUGAUGGAGGCAACGCCGGAGCGGAGGAGGCAGAGGAGUGGGGGCGGCGAGUGUGCGCCUUUCCGCGGCUCCGAGGCAAGAAGACUACGUCGGUGGCCAUCGUGGUGCCCUAUUCGAGCUCUAGCGAGGAUGAACAACCAGCGGAGGCCACGGCGCUCAACCAGCCUCUAGUGGUACACGGCGACGAGGACGGAAGUGUCCGCUUUGUGCCCCUUCUGGUGUCCACGCCCUCGCUAUCGCGGCCACGUCUGUUGUUCGAGAUGAAGGAAUCGGUUGAAAACAUAGCCGUGUCUGGUUCGGAUAUGUUCCUGGUGACGGGGCGAGGAGGGCAGGUGCUGGUGUGUCUGGCCAACGACAGCGCCGAGUUGGAGUCCCGCGAGUUCCACGUGUCGAUGCCCAUCACCCAGUCGCGUGUGACCGACAAGUACCUCCUGUUCGCCUCGUCGCGCAAGCUCUACGCCUCCUCACUCCUCGAGCGGAACGAAGGCGAAACCACAUUCGAACACAACAGCGAGCUCGAUGAAUUAGAUGCCAACUCCGAACAAGAGGACGCGCUCGUCGCUGUGCCGCGGCGAAAGAUGCCCUUUAGCUUCUUCCCCCAUGCCUUUCCGAUCGAGGGCACCAUCGGUUGCAUGGACGUGGUGUGCGUCCCAGACCAGGCGCCUACCCCGACCCUGCUCCCCAUUCCGUCGCGGAAACCGGGCCGCAGGACUCCGCCUCGGUACCGAGUGACUGCGCUCAGUCUCGCGGGCAAGCUGCUUCACUUUGACAUGCCCGGCCUACGUGAGUUGGAUGCCCAAAUGCAAGAAAUGGUCUCCUUCGAGUUCAAGCGCGGUAGCCAGCGUGUCAAGCAGCUCUUGGAGGACAUCGACGUGCUGUCUACACAACAGCAAGCAUUCGACCAAGAAGAAGCCGAGAUCAAUCGCGAAAUCGAAGCGAUCAACAACUCUAUCCACCUCGUGUCCGAACACACGUUCGCGAAGAAGAAAGAAGACCCGGCAUACCGCAGCCGCAUUCCCUAUGCGCCGGAUGGUGCCCUCGGAAUCGGAUGCGACGUCAAGCUGAGCGUGGAGCCCUACACACUGAGCUCCGCCCCGAGCCCUCAUGCUGUGAUGAUGAAGAUAACAUUGGCGAACCGGACUCGCUUCGAUCUUUUCCCUUCUCACUGGAGUUGUACGUACCAACCAACCAUGUUCCGACUGAACAGUCAUGACUCACUACCACCGCCCGGUUGUGUUCGUUUGUUAGUCGUGCUCACUGUGCGAAGUCGCAACGCGGGAGGCGACACCGAGACGUGCUCGCACACAUUUCCAAUCGACCAACUCCACAAGGUAGGAGGGGCAUGGUCGGUGCGCGUGCCUAUCACUAUCGCCUCAUUCGCGCCCAUACAUGUCGACGGCCUCCUCUGCGCGCGAUUUACUCCCCCACGCCCCUCGAGCGGUCAAGGUGUCUGCCUGUCUCUAUGCAGUCGCGGGUUCGAUAUAUUCCACCUGUUCUGUCCUCCGUCCUUCGGUGCCAAGUCGAAGCACAGCCGCGCAAAAGCCACGAUGGGCGAGGAGGCACAGCUCUCGACCAACGCUCAGAGGACAUCGUUUUCGAUCACCCUCCAGCCUCCGCCUCGACCCUCGGCAGAUCCAUCGAGCACGCAGGACACGGCCCUGCUUGACCUCCUGUCUGUCCUCUUCGGCUUCGGCCAGCAAGGCGAAGGCAACGAAGGAAAUGAGGGCAAGCGAGUCUCGUCCCGCACAAGGGCUUCGCUGGUUACCUUCCAGGGCGACGCCGUGUCGAUUCGUGCCAAGCAAGCCACCCUGUCACUUCGCAAAGUUGCCAUUAACGAAGCCUCCUCGCUGCCGGCCUACGUGGUGACGAUCUACUGUGCCUCGUGGCUGGCGCCGCUCCUGCGCGCCGGACUGCUUGGCCGUGUGCUCGCCGCGCAGGCGCGCGGACCACAAGGCAGCAACGCCUCACCGGAGCGGCUGCAGGCAUCUGUCUGGGCGAGGACCUACCGGGACAUAGCCCUCAAGAAGGCCCAGAUGCUGUACCAGACGCUGCAGACCCAGGUGGAAGGCGACCUGCAGCGCGCUGUGCGCGACCUUCAGCGACUACGCGACGCUCAACUGCCGGGCAGUUCCGGGUGCCACGAGUCGGUGGCGGAAGCGAACGACCGGCUGCGGGAUCUUGCCGAACAGGUCAAGGCUCGCUACAAGGCCCUGCGCGAGCACACCGACGCCACCCUCCUCCUCUGA